AAUUUAUAAAGUGAGAGAGAGAGAGAGAGAGGUAUUUGAUCUCAAUUUUUGCUGUCCACAUUUUAUUAACACAAGUCUGUCUGUCUGUCUGGGGGUUGUGUCUGAAUCCUCUUCUCUUCUCUUCUUUCUCUCUCACAUUCAUCUUUCUUUCAAUCUAUCAGACACAAGAAAAAACCCCUGAUUUCACAUUGCUUUUGUCAGUCUGUAAAAUUCUCUAGAAUCAGUGACUCACUCACUUAAAUCCAAAGAGCUUUUUUAAAUUUAUUUAUAUAUUAUUUUGGUUGUUGUUGUGGAGGAAUCAAAAUAGCUAAGCCCUUUGCAAAAAACUCGUUUUUCUUCUUCUUCGGGAUCUCUUCUUUUCGUUUUAUUUAUUACUAUAAAUAUAUAUAUACACCAGACCCAAUAAUAUAUAUAUAUAUUUAUUGUCGAUUGGGUUUUUUUAUUUCGUCUCCUCCUUCGUCUACCAUACUGCAUGCUCUGAAUCGGUGUGUAAUGGAAGAAGCUCAACAGUCUGGAUCCAUCAUCCGGGUCGGGUCGGGUUUAGGUCUCUGAGCAAUAUAGGGGCAGAGAGAGAGAGAUAUAAAUUCGGUUUUUUUUUUUGAGAGAAGAAGGCAUGAAUACUGGUGGACGGCUCAUUGCUGGCUCUCACAACCGAAACGAAUUCGUUCUCAUUAACGCCGAUGAGAGUGCCAGAAUACGAUCAGUACAAGAACUUAGUGGGCAAACAUGUAAAAUCUGUAGAGAUGAAAUCGAAUUAACGGUCAACGGUGAGCUCUUUGUUGCUUGCAACGAAUGCGCAUUCCCUGUUUGUAGACCUUGCUACGAGUAUGAACGUAGAGAAGGCAAUCAAGCUUGUCCUCAGUGCAAAACUCGAUACAAACGGAUUAAAGGUAGUCCACGUGUUGACGGAGAUGAUGAUGAAGAAGACGACAUUGAUGAUCUUGAGUAUGAGUUUGAUCAUGGGAUGCACCCUGAACACGCCGUUGAAGCCGCUUUAUCUUCACACCUUAACACUGGUCGUGGUGGUUUAGAUUCAGCUCCACCUGGUUCUCAGAUUCCUCUUUUGACUUAUUGUGAUGAGGAUGCUGAUAUGUAUUCUGAUCGACAUGCUCUUAUCGUGCCUCCUUCAACGGGAUAUGGGAAUCGAGUCCAUCCUGCACCGUAUACAGAUUCUUCUGCACCUCCACAGGCAAGAUCAAUGGUUCCUCAGAAAGAUAUAGCGGAAUAUGGAUAUGGAAGUGUUGCUUGGAAGGACCGUAUGGAAGUUUGGAAGAAACGGCAAGGCGAAAAACUUCAGGUCAUUAAACAUGAUGACGACGAACUGGAUGAUCCUGACAUGCCUAUGAUGGAUGAAGGAAGACAACCUCUCUCAAGAAAGCUACCUAUUCGUUCAAGCAGAUUAAAUCCUUAUAGGAUGUUGAUUUUGUGCCGGCUCGCAAUUCUUGGUCUUUUCUUUCAUUAUAGAAUUCUCCAUCCAGUCAAUGAUGCAUAUGGAUUAUGGUUAACAUCAGUUAUAUGCGAGAUAUGGUUCGCCGUAUCUUGGAUUCUUGAUCAAUUCCCCAAAUGGUAUCCUAUAGAACGUGAAACAUACCUCGAUAGACUCUCUCUCAGGUACGAGAAGGAAGGAAAACCAUCAGGACUAGCACCUGUUGAUGUUUUUGUUAGUACAGUGGAUCCAUUGAAAGAGCCACCGUUGAUUACAGCAAACACUGUUCUUUCAAUUCUAGCUGUUGAUUAUCCUGUGGAUAAGGUUGCGUGUUAUGUAUCAGACGAUGGUGCAGCGAUGCUUACAUUUGAAGCUCUCUCUGAUACAGCUGAGUUUGCUAGAAAAUGGGUUCCUUUUUGUAAGAAGUUCAAUAUCGAGCCACGAGCUCCCGAGUGGUAUUUUUCCCAGAAGAUGGAUUAUUUGAAGAACAAAGUUCAUCCUGCUUUUGUUAGGGAGCGUCGUGCUAUGAAGAGAGAUUAUGAGGAAUUUAAAGUGAAGAUAAAUGCAUUGGUUGCUACAGCACAGAAAGUGCCUGAGGAAGGUUGGACUAUGCAAGAUGGAACUCCUUGGCCUGGAAACAACGUCCGAGACCAUCCUGGAAUGAUUCAGGUGUUCUUGGGACAUAGUGGAGUUCGUGAUACGGAUGGGAAUGAGUUACCUCGUCUAGUGUAUGUUUCUCGUGAGAAGCGGCCUGGAUUUGAUCACCACAAAAAAGCUGGAGCUAUGAAUUCCUUGAUCCGAGUCUCCGCUGUUCUAUCAAACGCUCCUUACCUUCUUAAUGUUGAUUGUGAUCACUACAUCAACAACAGCAAAGCAAUUAGAGAAGCUAUGUGUUUCAUGAUGGAUCCGCAAUCCGGAAAGAAAGUUUGUUAUGUUCAGUUUCCGCAGAGGUUUGAUGGGAUUGAUAGACAUGAUCGAUACUCAAACCGCAAUGUGGUGUUCUUUGAUAUUAACAUGAAAGGUCUUGAUGGUAUACAAGGACCGAUUUAUGUCGGGACAGGUUGUGUCUUUAGAAGACAAGCUCUUUAUGGUUUUGAUGCACCAAAGAAGAAGAAGCCACCAGGCAAAACCUGCAAUUGUUGGCCUAAAUGGUGUUGUUUGUGUUGUGGGUUGAGAAAGAAGAGUAAAACGAAAGCUAAAGAUAAGAAAAACAAUGUUAAAGAGACUUCAAAGCAGAUUCAUGCAGUAGAGAACAUCGCAGAAGGGGUCAUUGUCCCAGUGUCAAAUGUUGAGAAGAGAUCUGAAGCAACACAAUUGAAAUUGGAGAAGAAGUUUGGACAAUCUCCUGUUUUCGUUGCCUCUGCUGUUCUACUAAACGGUGGAGUUCCCCGAAAUGCAAGCCCCGCGUGUUUGUUGAGAGAAGCCAUUCAAGUUAUCAGCUGCGGAUAUGAAGAUAAAACCGAAUGGGGAAAAGAGAUCGGGUGGAUUUAUGGAUCGGUUACUGAAGAUAUCUUGACGGGUUUCAAGAUGCAUUGCCAUGGAUGGAGAUCUGUGUACUGUAUGCCAAAGCGUGCAGCUUUCAAAGGAUCUGCUCCCAUAAACUUGUCUGAUCGUCUUCAUCAAGUUCUACGUUGGGCUCUUGGCUCUGUUGAGAUUUUCUUGAGCAGACAUUGUCCGAUAUGGUAUGGUUAUGGUGGUGGGUUAAAAUGGUUGGAGAGAUUUUCUUACAUCAACUCCGUUGUCUAUCCUUGGACUUCACUUCCAUUGAUCGUCUACUGUUCCCUCCCUGCGGUCUGUUUACUCACCGGGAAAUUCAUCGUCCCCGAGAUAAGCAACUACGCAGGUGUUCUCUUCAUGCUCAUGUUCAUAUCCAUAGCAGUAACUGGAAUCCUCGAAAUGCAAUGGGGACGUGUUGGAAUUGACGACUGGUGGAGAAACGAGCAAUUUUGGGUAAUCGGAGGAGCCUCUUCUCAUCUAUUUGCUCUGUUUCAAGGUUUGCUCAAAGUUUUAGCUGGAGUUGACACGAACUUCACGGUCACAUCAAAAGCAGCAGACGAUGGAGCUUUCUCUGAGCUUUACAUAUUCAAGUGGACAACUUUGCUGAUUCCUCCUACAACGCUUUUGAUCAUAAACAUCAUUGGAGUAAUUGUGGGUGUUUCGGAUGCAAUUAGCAAUGGGUAUGACUCUUGGGGACCUCUGUUUGGGAGACUGUUCUUCGCACUUUGGGUCAUUGUUCAUUUAUACCCAUUCCUGAAGGGGAUGCUUGGGAAACAAGAUAGAAUGCCUACAAUAAUUGUGGUUUGGUCAAUUCUGCUAGCGUCGAUAUUGACGCUCUUGUGGGUAAGAGUGAACCCGUUUGUGGCUAAAGGUGGACCAGUGUUGGAGAUAUGUGGUCUGAAUUGUGGAAACUAAAGAAGGAAGAGUAAAAGGAGUAUUUUGUUGGAGCUUAGGAAGCAGAUGUAUUGAUGGUGAUGAGGAUGUGUACUCCUAUUUUGGUGGUUGUUGGAUGAAUGAUGCAAGUGUGUGUUCUUAGAUAAAAGAUGUGCAGUUUUUUACAAGUUUUAAAACUUUUGUUUUUGGUUUUUGUUCUCCCCUAAAUUAAUUCUUUUGUUAUCAAUGUUAUACUAAAUAGAGUUGUUUGUUUUUAUUUUUCUUUCUUUUACAUGUACUUUUUAGAGUUAUUCACUAGCUAUUGUAUAAUACAAUAAGGAUUAUAUAGAUACACUUUGUUAAUAA